GGUUUUAUUUACAUGGGGGCUCGCGGCCGUCACGUGACUGGAGGAGCCGCGCUGCCGGGCGGGGGCUGAGAGCGGCGGGAAGCGCGGGGCCAUGGCGGGCGGCGGCGACGACGGCUCCUGGGUGGAGCUGCGCUGCGACCCCGCGCCCUUCUCGUGCCACGCCGACGUGGAGCGGAUGCUGCUGGAGGCGCAGCUGGAGCCGGACGGCGCCGACGGGGCGCUGCCGGCGCGCGGCCCCCCGGCCCGGGACGAGGAAGACGCCGCAAAGGUGAGCGAGAGGCUCCGCCCCGCCCCGGGCCGCCCGCAGACCCCGCCGGGCCGGGAAGGAGCGCCGAAGUCCCGCGUGGAGCCCCCCGCGCCGCGAGACGCCCCGCAGGACGCCGAGCGGACCGAGCGCCGUCCGCCCGCAGCGCUCAGCCGGAGCUGCGCGGAGCCGCGCCGCGCGAAGGACCACCUCCCCUUCGCGUGUCCCCCCCCUCCGGUGCGGUGGGCGCUGCGGGACGGCGCGGUGCUGAGGAAGAAGGGGCCGUUCAGCUCCGAGCUGCUGCUGCUCGUCAUCCCCUCGCUGCUGCUCAGCCACGUGCUGACCCUGGGCCUGGGGAUCUACAUCGGGAAGCGGCUGGCGGCCUCCUCGGCAAACCCGCUGUGAGCGCCGGGCCCGGCGGGGAGCGGCCUCCGUUCCGCUCUGCGGGGGGGUGCAGCGCGGUGCUCAGCGCGGCCGUCUGUCCGCGGACCCCGCGGCUGUGGCACGCAGCGCCGUCUGCCCCUCCGUCCCUUCUUCGCCCCACCGGAGCCCACCGCUGCGGGCAGCCCCCGCUCCGCCCGCCCCCCCCCCCCCCCCCUUCACCCUCGUCCCGGGCGCGGGUCCGGACUCCUCCCGUUAUCGCGGCGGACUGUACGGACGGCCCUGAGCCCGCGGGGCCGCGUGGAAAUAAAGAGCGGAGCCGCGUGCGGUCAGCGCCAGCAGUGCCCGCCGGGACCCGCAGUGCGGAGCUGUGCCCGCCGCCCGGCCCGGGGCGAGCGCUGAGCGUCGAACCGACCGACCCCGCCGCACGGA